CACGUGACAUUUUUGAAAUUUUGGAAAGCUGUUGAAGGCGAAAAAGUUGAUGAAGAUGCGCUCCAGACGCGCAACCUCGCACGACUCUUCGUGACGUGCAAAUGAGCCGUCCGGACAUACAACAAGACUCUCGCUGCUCACCAUUGACUGCCAAGCCACACAGCGAGCUUCUCACUCAUCGAUACAGGAUCAUUGGCGCAGAGGCGCUCGGGCAACCACUACUCUGUCUCUGUCAGCGUUCGCGCAUAGACCCCUACUUUGCCUUCCCAACGCCGCACCCCUAUCGACGUAGCCAGUACACUGCGCCUUCCCAACCACGAUGGCGAAGUUGAAGAAGCGCGGACAGUCUGGCGCGGCCAAGAACUACGUCACCAGAAACUCGGCCCUCAAGAAGCUUCAGGUAACUCUCGCAGAUUUCAGAAGGCUGUGCAUCCUCAAGGGCAUUCAUCCACGGGUACCUCGACACGCAAAGAGAGCAAACAAGGGUAAUGCCGCACCUGCUACGUUCUACUACGCCAAAGAUGUCGCAUACUUGGCUCACGAGCCCGUGCUCCAGACGCUGAGGGCACACAAAAGUUUUGCGAAGAAGCUGAGCAGAGCCAUUGGCAAGAGAGAAUGGCACAGCGCUCAAGGGCUGGCUGACAGGCGGCCUCUUGUCAAGCUCGAUCACAUCAUCAGGGAGAGGUAUCCCACCUUUGACGACAGUCUGAGAGAUUUGGACGAUGCGCUUAGCCUACUCUUCCUCUUCGCCAACCUGCCUGCUGGAGAUCGUUUGAAUCACCAGCUGGUGGAAAAGAGCGCGAGAAUCUGCGCGGAAUGGCAGGGCUACGUGGUGAGGGCGCAGGCGCUCAGAAAGGUGUUUUUCAGCAUCAAGGGCGUCUACUUUCAAGCCGAGGUACGGGGUCAGCAGAUCACCUGGCUUGUGCCUUACCUUUUCACCCAGCAUAUCCCCUCCGACGUGGACUUCAGAGUCAUGGCGACGUUCCUCGAGCUGUAUCAGACGCUUCUAGGCUUUGUCAUGUUUAAGCUCUACACAGACCUUGGUCUCGUGUACCCUCCAAAGCUGGAAUCAAGCGCUGAGGAAGCAGGUGCUGGACCCCUUGGAGUUUUACGUCUCGUAGAGAGCAGCAGUGCCGUACUCACCCCUGGCCAAGGAGCUCGUAGCUCCAAGGGCGCCACAGACACUGAUACUGCUGGCCGGAAAGUGACAUCAAAGGAUGUGAAACAGGCCAUCAAAGCGGUCGCCCAGGAGGGGAUUGCCGCGAACGGUGCUGCUGAUGACACGCCACUGGAAGCCCAAGCAGAUCGCCCUGCGUCGAGCGAGGAGAUUGUUGCAGAUGAUUUUGUAGAAAAGCCGUCGGCUGAUGGGACAACGUCUGGCCUGGUUUCGUACGCCUCUAUCGACGCUUCUUCCGCCAGCAACUCCCGCACACACCUCUUUGCGCCCUACUACUUCUACAUCUCACGAGAGUGUCCGAAAGCGGUCAUUGAAUUCGUGUUGCGCUCAUUCGGGACUGCGCCAAGUCACCUUGGGUGGGACGAAGUAUCAGGCCCAGGAUCGAGCUUCUCUUCGGACGACGACAGAAUCACUCACUACAUCGUAGACAGGCCCGUCACUUCAACCACGAGCCAGACGCAAGCUCGAAUGGCUAAAGUACAACCUCAAUGGAUCGUCGACUCAGCUAAUGCGGGCAGGAUCUUGCCCACCCAGCCUUAUGCGCCUGGAGCUUCCUUACCGCCGCACCUCAGCCCCUUUGUGGACGAUGCGGAGGUCAAGGCUCAAGGCGGCUAUGUUCCUCGUGAGGCGGGCUUGGAUGAGAUUGCACCGGCUGAGAAUGUAGAGGCGGGACAGGAAGCAGCUCAACAAGAGGCUGAGGAUGAUUCGUCCGAUGAGGACGACAUCGGAGGGGAAGCGGAUGAGGCCGAGGACGCGGACGCAGGAGAUGACGAUAUGCAGCACGAAGACUCAGCAGCUGCCAAAAAUAAGAGGCCAGCAUUGGCAGCGCUGCUCGUCACUCCGACCGACGAAGGCCUCUUAGCAGAAGCCGAGCUGGAAGCCGAGGCUGCGGGCGGUGAUGCCGCGCUCGAGGAGCUGCAAAACGCACACGCCGACGCUCUCAGAGCAGCCAAGAAGGCGGCUCGAGGCGACAAGGCCAAGCCAGCAAGCAAAGCGUCGGGCAGAAGCGCAGAGACGGAAGAGACAGAAGAAGCGAGGAAAAUGUCCAAGAUGCUGAUGUCGAACCGGCAGCGCAAGCUAUACGAGAAGUUGUCAUAUACUCAGGGUGUAAAAGGUGAGGAGGCGAGAAAGUUGGAAGAGAAGAGGAAGGCGUUGGAUAAGGCUGCUAAGAGAUCUGCGAGGAAAGGAGAAUCGGACGACUCGAAGAGGAGCUCUAGCACGCAGAAAAAGGUCAAGUGGGCCGGAGCUGGUGCAUCUUGAUAUGAUCCUCGCACGACUUUGAUUCCCUCUCGAGCGCCUACUUGUAACACACACGGUUGACGCCAUGGUAUCUCAAUGUCGCUUCAUGACUCCUGUAUUCUCCUUCAUGAUGAAGAUGAGCAAAUUUCUGGCUAGUGGCAUCGCUCAGUUGCCAUGUGGGAGGAGAGCCUGGCGGGUAGAGGUCGCACACCAUGCAGUACCCUCAUCCGUGCUUGCGGCGGGCAAAGAGACCACGUGACGUCGCCAUCCGCUUUGUGCAGGUCGAUUGUUCGCCUUGACGAACUUCUUUGCGAGCCAUCAAGAACCUUGAACUACCAUCACGUAGCGAGGAGUGUCCCCACUAAACCCAGAGGUGG